AAAAAGCGGGUGAGCUCAUAUCACGCUUUAAUUAGUAACAAACGCCUUUCCAUUCGUGUUCAGUGUUAGAAACAAUCGAACAAGUGCAACAAAAGUAGUGUAAAGUUUUCUUUGUCCGUGACCACAAAAAAGUACCCAAGUGAAAAUGUCGAUGGUUCCGAUGAUGUUCCGCAACUGGUGGGACGAUAUGAGUGAUGCUCCCAUGCGUAGUUCCUGGAUUAUGGACCAGCACUUUGGAAGCGGAAUCACUUCGGACGACCUGAUGACGGCCAUGUCGGCGGCAGCCGCUGCACGCUCGGCCCUUCAGAACCCAAGCCGGACCAUGUACAAUCGACCAUGGCGCAAUUCCAGCAUGGCCUCCCUACAGGAUAUCGGAUCGACGGUCAAGGCCGAUAAGGAAAAGUUCCAAAUCAACUUGGAUGUGCAGCAAUUUACGCCAAACGAAAUUUCGGUUAUGGUUUCCCAAAAUAGCAUCGUCAUCGAAGGAAAGCACGAGGAGAAGCAGGACGAGCAUGGUUUCAUCUCGAGACAGUUCAAGCGCCGCUAUAUGCUUCCGGCGGGCCACGACGCCAACCAGAUCAAGUCAUCGAUUUCCUCAGACGGAAUCCUCACGGUUAUGGCUCCGAUGCAGAAGGCGCUCAAAGAUUCGGAAAGCCAGAAGUCGAUCCCGAUCAUCCAGACUGGACAACCAAUGAAGAAAAUUUCCGGUAGCCAAGAGCAUAAGGACGGAAUCAGGGCUUAGUGGAAGAGAUUUGUUUUACUUUUUCUACCUCGUAAUGUGAAGACUUCGCGUUCGUAUUUGUUAUGUUUUAACUGAAUAAAUAA